AUGUCCGAAUAUGGCUGCGAUGACGUGCGUGUCGCUCUACACGAGAUGAUGCACAUAGCCGGGGCCAUGCACCGACAGUCGAGGGAGGUGGACCGGAACAAGGUGCUCUCCUUUAAUUGGGCUGACAUCUCCAAGGCAUAUGAAUUCAUUUAUGCCGGUUAUGAUUUGCAUAAUUUUAGAGAAUACGACCUUGGUUCCGUACUGCAAUACGGUUUAUCGAUAACUGACGAAACACAGAUGAUUCUGAAUGACCCUGAAUUGGAAUAUUUGAUAGGUUCAAACCAGAACGACCUCUCGUUUUACGAUAAAGCUGAACUGAAUGCAUUCUACAAGUGCGCUGAUAACUGCACGAACCCUCCCGUUUGUCAAAAUGGUGGAUUUGUGAAGCAGGUGGAUGGCGUGUGUAGCUGUGAGUGUGUGGAUGGACUUACCGGAACAGACUGUUCACAGUUAAACACCAGUAGAGGAUGCGGGGGAACUUUCAAUUUGUUAACCAGCGAAUCAGCGUUUAUUGAUAUGAUAGGAUACAAGAGGGACCUGAGUUGUACAUGGUUGUUCAAGGGUCCUGAGAAGACAAAAAUUCAAGUAUUCAUAAAUAGUAUAGAACUUCCAUUCAGUACCUAUGGCAACUGUUACCACUUUAUAGAGAUAAGAGAUUAUCUAUCUGGAGCCAAAGGAAAACAGAUAUGUGGAAACUCAGGGGGUGAAACAUUUACCAAGAAAAAUGUCGGCCCAACCAAUGUGAUGAUUCUCCGCUUUGACAGUGCCUUAUAUAAUGCUGUUCGUCCUGGAAAAGGAUUUACAUUGACAGCAACAGCAACGCCUUCUGCAUGCAGUAGUUCUCCUUGUAAAUACCCUGCAACCUGUAAAGAUGGCCCACGCAUUGACAUGUAUACAUGUUCAUGUACUGAGGGUUAUUCCGGAACUAAUUGUAAUAUUGUUGCUGCUGAUGCAACUGUGACGGACAGUUUUGAACGCGACUUCACAACAUUAUUUAGGCAUAGUUCCAAAGGAGUUGAUUUUAGUUGGUCAACGAAUAAAUAUUGGGAGUUAAACGGCGUGAACAUAACGGCAUUUGAUGGUUUCCUUAUGGCUACAUUAAUGAAAUACCCUUUUACACCUGGCGUAACAUAUAGAAGUGUUGCAAAAUUAGUAACAACUGUUCGUUUUACAAAAGCCGAACGAUGCCUUCUGUUUAACUAUGCUUUAGCAGACAACGACAUUGGAGGUCCGUACACCACGACGCUGAAAGUAAGGAUAUUAAGUGACAUAUUUACACCGGAUAUGAUAUUUGCAACAAAUUCUGCUAACAACUGGACAAGUGCUGAAAUGGACCUUCCCGCAGUCAAUGGAAUGAAGAUUCAGUUUGUUGGUACUUACGGAAUCCAACGUAUGGUUCUUGACAACAUUCGCAUUACGCCGCUUCUUUGCUAUAAGAAAAAUCCAUGUAAUAACGUUGUGUGUCAAAAUGGUGGAACGUGUAAACUCGUUUUCAAUAGCACAAAUGCAGUCCAAUCUCGGUGCAGCUGUCGGUUUGGAUUCUACGGGGCAUUCUGUGAAAAAUAUAUCUGUAAUGAAAACAGCUGCCUUAAUGGCGUAUGUUUUCCACAUUCCUCGUCAACCUACAUCUGUAAAUGUAACGACGGAUGGAGUGGGAAUAAAUGCGACAUAAAUAUAUGUGCCAAUGUAGAUUGCAACCAAGGAAAAUGUGAGGCUCUAUCAGAAACAAAAACACGGUGUAAUUGUGACGCUGGCUGGUACGGGGAGUUCUGUGAUAUUAACCCUUGUGAACAGAUUGACUGUAACAAAGGAUUUUGUGAGGUUGUGUCGAUGUUCGAAGCCCGUUGUGUGUGUUUAUACGGUUGGGUUGGAAUAGUUUGCAAUAAACGUUUAUUUGGCUCUGGUUAG